AGCCGCCCGUCGCGGCCCAGCGGGACGGGGCGGGGCGCGGCCAUGGCGGCGGCGGGGCAGGGGAGCGGGCCCGGGGCCGUGCCCGCCGCCACCCGCCUGCAGGCUUAUGCUUGGUGCCGGGAGUUCCUCGCCGGUUCUUGGAAGCUCAUCGGGCCCGAGGAAUUCGGCAUCGGGCCCGUCAGCGGGGGGCUCAGCAACCUGCUGUUCAAGUGCGCGCUGCCGGAGCACAUCCUCAGUGUGGGGGACGAGCCCCGGCAGGUGCUGCUGCGCGUCUAUGGGGCCAUCCUGCAGGGUGUGGACUCGCUGGUGCUGGAGAGCGUGAUGUUCGCCAUCCUGGCCGAGCGGGCGCUGGGGCCACGGCUCUACGGGGUCUUUCCCCAGGGGCGGCUGGAGCAGUACAUUCCGAGCCGGCGCCUACGGACCGAGGACCUGCAGGACCCCGACAUCUCCAAGGAGAUCGCGGUGAAGAUGUCCCGGUUCCAUGGCAUGGUGAUGCCCUUCAACAAGGAGCCCAAGUGGCUGUUUGGGACCAUGGAGUGGUAUCUGAAGCAGAUUUCGGAGCUCACCUUCCCCAAGGAAGAGCAGCUGAAGAAGUUCAACCACCUCAAGACCUAUAACCUGCAGGAAGAGAUGAAGAGCCUCAGGGAGCUGCUGGAGUCCACCCCCUCGCCGGUGGUCUUCUGCCACAACGACGUCCAGGAGGGGAACAUCCUGCUGCUGGCUGGACACGAGGCUUCCUCCUCCGACAAGCUCAUGCUCAUUGACUUCGAGUACAGCAGCUACAACUACCGGGGCUUCGACAUCGGCAACCACUUCUGCGAAUGGGUUUACAACUACACCCACGAUUCCUGGCCCUUCUUCAAGGCUUCCCCGGAGAACUACCCCAGCCGGCAGCAGCAGCUGCAUUUCAUCCGGCAUUACCUCUCAGAGGACUCGGGGCGACGCGGGGACACCACACACGAGGAGCAGGCCCGCAUCGAGGAGGAGAUGCUCACGGAGAUCAAUCGGUUCACUUUGGCCUCCCACUUCUUCUGGGGCCUGUGGUCCAUUGUGCAGGCGAAGAUCUCCACCAUCGAGUUCGGGUACCUGGACUAUGCACAGAGCCGCUUCGAGGCCUACUUCCAGCACAAGGCGCAGUGCUCCUGAGAGCGGCCGCCCCAGCCCUGCCUGCGCCCACCUCGACUCCACAGCCUCCCCCUGCCCACCCCGGCAGCGCCCGUGCCACGGGGCAGGCCAGGGACGAGGUGUCCCCUCCCCGGUGGGCCACCCCCCAUGCUGUGAGGGGGGCUGCCCCCUGGCCUGGGUUGCCUGGAUGGGUGCUGUAACGGUUUGGGGGGCUGGUGCCCACCCUGCUCCUCAGGGCUAUGCAGGAGAGCAGGGAGAGAGGUGGGUCUGCCCAGGCGCGUGCCCCCUGGAAAAGGGGACGUCCUGCUUGGAGAGGUGGCAUGUCGGCCGUGGGGCUGUGUCUUUGCUACUGUUCCUGUAGAUAUGGCCGCUGGGGGGGGGGGGGGGGGCAGUUGCCCUGUCCCCGCCUGCCCCUGCGGUGCUGUCUGUGGCUGCCCCCUCGCUGCCUCUGGCACAGCCCCUCUGUGGUGGCACGUCCCUUGCCUCUGCGCUGCUGGCACUGAGCGGGGCUUGAGCUGCGGGUCCCAGCUGGUGGGAUCCCCCUGCCCCAGCCGGCAGCGGGGUGGGGGCUGGUGCAGCCCAGACCAGGGUGGGGGACGGUGGGUGCCUCGGCUGUCCUGACUGCCCCUUGCACGGUCCUGCCUGGAGCUGUGGUCCUGCCUGCUGAGAGGGGUCCAGGCAGGGAUGCUGAGGGGUCCCAGGGUGCUGCUGGGGGCAGAGGGGUGUGGGGGACCUACCCUUGUAUCUCAUUCCCCCCCCAGACACCUCCCCAGACCUCUGGGGCCAGGGCAGCACCUGUGAGCUGCUCCGCCAGCCCCUGUGCCCCGGCCUGGCUUCCCUGCGGCUCUUGGCUGCUCGGCCGGGGCUGGGGGCUGCUCCUUCCCUCCCCUCCCGACAGCAGAAUGUAAACUCUCCUCAGACCAAUAAACGCUGCGGUGGUGCACGGUG